UACAGUUCAGUAGUCAGUCUUACUCCAGUCUUUCAUUCUUUCUCCUUUUAAAUCCCCAUUAAUCAUAAAAUUAAUCAAAUUCAUUAAUUUAAUUUAAUCAAAAACCUCACAAACAAAGCUCACAGUCUCUCUCUCUCUCUUGUCUGUUUUUCUCUGGCUCGUUGGUUCUGUGUUGAACAGAUGGCAAUGGAGGUACCUGAUUCAAAUUUAGGGGAGAGAAAGGGAAAUGGAGAUUAAAAGGGACACAGAGGAGUACAUAUGGGGAAAGUGGAAGAAGAGCAAGCGCUGCAUUCGACAGUUGUCGAGGGAAUUCCGGAGGAAAAUGUGGGGAGUCGUUGCGAGAUCAAGAAAUACGUUGGAUUAAGAUGUGUUGUCGUGGUGCUGUUCAGUAUUGCAGUGUUGUUAUCGGGGGUGUUUUGGUUGCCGCCGUUUUUCCGGUACGGGAAACAUGGGGAUCUGGAUCUGGACGCGCAAAUUAGAGACCAUGAUGUAGUUGCAUCGUUUAAGUUGGAAAAAUCAGUGUCUCUGCUAAAUGCUAAUAUUCUGGAGCUUGAGCAUAACAUUAUCGACGAAAUAGGUGUUGCCGACUCUAAGGUGGUUGUUAUAUCUUUAAAAUCUUUGGCUGGGUCAAACUCAACAGAUGUGGUGUUUGCAGUGGUGCCCUACUUGGAAAAUUUGAAUAUAUCUUCACCUGCUCUCAGUUUACUCAGAUCUGUUUUUGAAGAAUUGGUCAUUGAUCAAACACCUCUCCAUUUGAAUUCAUCAUUGUUUGGUGAUCCAUUUUCCUUUGAGGUGCUAAAAUUUCAAGGAGGAAUUACAGUUACCCCACAGCAGAAUGCGUUUCUAUUGCAGAGAGUUCAGAUAUUUUUCAAUUUCACCUUAAACUUCUCUAUUGAUCAAAUACAGGAAUAUUUCAUUGAGUUAAAGAAACAGCUGAAGUCAGGGUUGCAUCUUACUUCACAUGAGAAUUUGUAUGUGAGUUUGACAAACAUGAAUGGCUCAACAGUUAAGCCCCCUACUAUUGUCAAGGCAUCUGUCUUGCCAGCAAUUGGGAAACUUCCACUGCCAAGGUUGAAGCAGCUGGCACAAACCAUCACAGGUUCUCCUGCAAAAAAUCUUGGCCUCAAUAACACUGUAUUUGGUAGGGUCAAGCAGGUUCGUCUUUCCUCUGUUUUGGAGCACUCCCUCAAUGGUAGUGGUGGCAGCAACAGUGUGGCUUCAUCACCCAGUCCCGCUCCUCUGCCUCGUGUCCACCAUCACCACCAUCAUCAUCACCAUCACCAUUAUCCUCAGAAUCACCACCAAAAUGUCCAUCUGGCUCCUGCACCUGCACCUGUACCUGCAACUGAUAAUAAUCACUGGGCAAAGCCCCCAUCUGGUUGCCAAAAUAGGUCUAUCAUAAAGGCCAAAAGGCAGCCGCAUUUGGUUCCAACUAAUGCACCACUGGUUCCUCCACACCAUUCUUCUUCAUCACCAGUUUUUCAUGUAGAUCCACCUGCACCAGCCCUGCAUCAGCUUCCAGGAUCUGCUCCUUUACCAGCUGUGGUUUUUGCUCAUGUUCAUCCUCCGAGCAAGAGCAUAGUAGAUGUGGAACCACCUGAUAUAAUGCCAUCACCACCUGAUAUAAUGCCAUCUAUUUCACCAUUGCCACCUUCAUCUACUGCAGCUCUUCCUCCAGUUCAAUCAGCAAUUGCACUGGUUCUAUCAUUGGUGAUGCAUUUUCUAUGACAGAGAAUUGAGUUUUUCUUUUCUAGAUAAAAUCGUCUCCAGUUUCCAGAGGAGAAAAGGCUCGUCGAUUUUGAGCAGUUCAAGUGAAAAACAAACUGGAGCUCCUCAAGUGGGAGCAGUGCGAAAAGUAUUCCUCACAUUUGAGUGGAUAUAUUUUGUUUUUUGCAUGUAAAUAUUGAUUAUAAUUCAGUGGGAGGAUGUGUUUUCAGGUCAAAGCCACAGAGAUGGCAGGCCCUUGGUAACAUGUCUCGAUGCUGUUGCUGUGUAUGACUUCAGAAAUGUAAGGAAAAAAGAAUGAUCUUUUGCCAGGUCAAAUAGGUCAUACUAUUGUAUUUCAUUUUCCUGAUGAAACCAUGUACCUGAGCCAUCUGCAUCUUCACACUGCCCUAUUAGAUAGUUGAAGAUUGUUAUAUGCCACGUUGGUUAUUCUGGUUCCGAUCUCUUUCUUUCC